AACGUGGUCCAAAACCAUUCCUGGCAAGGUUGAAUUCUUCUCCAGCGAAGGCUCGGACACCUCUAUUCCCAUCCCCAUCGUGCCGCUUCCAGGUGUAGAUGACUCUUACCCACCCCAGAAGAAAUCUUUCAUGAUGCUCAAAUACAUGCAUGACCACUACUUGGACAAAUACGAAUGGUUUAUGAGAGCUGAUGAUGACGUUUACAUCAAAGGGGACAAACUGGAGAACUUCCUCAGGAGUUUGAACAGCAGUGAGCCCCUCUUUCUUGGGCAGACUGGCCUUGGCACCACGGAGGAGAUGGGGAAGCUGGCGUUGGAACCAGGAGAGAACUUCUGCAUGGGGGGACCAGGAGUGAUCAUGAGCCGAGAAGUCCUGCGGAGAAUGGUGCCCCACAUUGGCGAGUGCCUGCGGGAGAUGUACACCACCCACGAGGACGUGGAAGUGGGAAGAUGCGUACGGAGGUUUGCGGGAGUGCAGUGUGUCUGGUCCUAUGAGAUUUUGAGCAAAUCUUUCUUGGAAUAGCACUGGAGGUGGUGAUUAGAGCCGAGGUUGGUUGUCUGAUGAGUGUGAAGUUCUCACAGCUGUCUGGCAGAGCUGUCUGCUUCCUGCAAAUCCUGUUGUACAGUUGGCUUGGAAUCCAUAGCAAUAAAGUAUCUUUUGACAAG